AUGGACUCUCCAUUUUAUUUUGCCAAAGGCAAAGAAUAUCCCGACUCUGAAGGGUUCAUUACCGUUGCUAGAAGACGCAAAAUGAAUUCUCUGAGAAAGGGAAUUCAAGUCAGCACUAGAAAACUCAGCUUUUCUAACAAGAGCUGUGCCAAAAUUGCGGCUUCAACUAAUGUAUUCUCCGUAAUUGGAUUUGGCAACGACGAGCCAACUAAAGAGAAAAAGGAGACUUUCCUUGAAGCUGAAAAAGUCGGCCAAAAUAAGGAAAUCUCAACCGAAGAAAAGGUCUUGAUUUGCUGGAAGCCUCUCUACUCUCUUAGUGAAGUGGAAGUAUCUGUUCCCAAGGUAGAAAGAAAGGUUAGGUUCGCUAUGAAUGUUGAAAUCAUAGAAUUAGAACCAAAUGAACCAGAGGAAGAAGAAAAGGAAACCCAAAUGCCCGCAGAAUCAAACGCGAAGGCAAAUAUGAAGAAGAAGAUGGAAAACAUGGACCUAAAGAUGAAAAAAUUAGACUUAAAGAUGAAGAAGACGGAUCUUAAGAUGAAGCAGAUGGAUCUCAAGAUGAAGCAGAUGGACCUCGAGAUAAAGAAAAUGGACUACAAAAUGAAGAAAAGAGCUUUCAAGAUACAAGUAAGAAAGAAUCUUCCUCCUGCUGGAGUAUUACCUCGUCCUUCUUCUAGAGACUCAAACAUCGCUUUGGCUAAAGCAAAGGUUGCUUCUGAAUUCGAGAGUCUUCAAAGAUUGAUCGUCCCUCUUUAA